UCCGAAAUUAGAAACAAAAUCACCACUAUAAAUUCCUGGCAAAGUACUCUCUUCUCCUCUCCCCUCCUUCGUGGCAGACUCAUCAUCACAUCUAAGUAUCUUCUCUCAGAGGAUUCAUUCAGGCGUUUUCCUGUUGAAGUUUUUGGAUUUUUGAAGAUGAAUCAGUUUUAUCAUCAGAGAAACGCCUUUGGCAUGUGUGAGGAGACGUGCGGAUUCAAAUUCUCUGAUCAGAGGGAGUCUGUUGUUUGUCCGAAGCCACGAAGAGUUGGUAUUUUGGCCAACAGUUCUUCUAGGCCCUUGAGAUGUCAAUUGAGUCAUCCAGUUGAGGUGGCCGAUUCAAACGCCGGGGCAGAGCUUCUAGACAUCAUUCUCAUCAAGGAGGGUUAUGGGGUGGAACAAACAGCAUCCCUGGUAGCAUCUUCACCCCCGUUUUUUAGUGGAUCUCCUCCAAGUAGGGCUGCCAACCCUUUAAUUCAAGAUGCUCGUUUUGGAGAUGAGAAACUCACCCCAUUGCAAGUACCAGUGGUACAAACCCCAUCCGGUUUACCAUCUCCAUCAUCAUCAGCACGGAAGGCUGGAUGUACUAGAAUGAAGUUCGGGCUUAAACCAGCAACCGUUAGAGUAGAAGGAUUUGAUUGCCUCAACAGGGAUUGCCAGAAUUCCAGCAUCCCUGCUAUGGCCUAGACUUCCAUAAAGGAGGAAACUGUACAUAGAAGGAAGCUGAACAUAAACAGCAAAACCUAACAAGAAGAGGGAGUUUUGAAUAUUUUUGGAGAGAAUUAAGACGGUAUGUUAAGUAGUGUAUAUAAAUCGAUGUGUGGUUUUUGUUGGUGAUCUCUCUCAUUGCUAAAGUCUUUGUAAGUAGUUCUGAUUGAAUAUGUAAUAUAUGAAAAAAAUGAAGCAUUGGGAGGGUUCAUUUCAUUUGUUUUGUAAUCGUUCACCAUGGAAAGAAUUUGUAUAGAGUCUGUUGGUGAUUAAAAUUUGGUCAUUGACCCUGUAAAUGUAUUUUGGCAAUUGUUAAUGGCCUGAUUUGGUCAUUUCUCUUGUUUGAUGUCCA